AUGGCCACCGUGCUUGCUGGAUCGAACGACAAGGAGAAGCUGGAUGACCUCAUCACCCGCACCCACAAGGACCAGGCCGUCUGGUUCCUCAACGCCUACUGGGAGGAGUUUGGCGAGAAGGAGGCGGAGAAGGUGUGGUCGUUCGUGCACAAGGCCAUCGAGCUCGACGAGGCCAAGCGCGCCGAGGGCUCCGACCUCGACGAGUUCCAGGCCCACCGCUUCCUCGAACACUUCAAGGAGACCCUCACCGUCCAGGCGAUGAGGGACAGGCUGAGGUCGACGGGCGCCAUCGUGGGCACCGUCAAGCGUGUGCCACUCACGCACAUCCUCACCUUCAAGUACAACGCCGACUGGCACACGCUCGUCAACGCGCCGCAGGGCUCCAAGGAGGAGAUCGAGAAGGCCGAGAAGGUGUUCAACGAGGUGCAGCGUGCCUUCGAGGAGUCGGCGGCGCGCGACGCGGAAGCUGCGGCGGCCCUGUCGGAGGCCACUUCGCGCGAGGCCGAGGCCAAGUCGCGCGAAGCGGCUGCGCUGGCGGCGGAGAACGAGGCCAAGGCCCGCGAGGCCGACGCGCUCGCCGCCGAAGCCGACGCCAAGGCCAAGGAGGCCGACGCCCUGUCGGCCGAGGCUGAGGCCAAGGCCCGCGAGGAGGCCGCCCUGGCCGCCGAGGCUGAGGCCAAGGCCCGCGAAGCCGACGCCCUGGCAGCCGAAGCCGAGGCCAAGGCCCGCGAGGCCGACGCCAAAGCCCGUGAAGCCGACGCGCUGGCCCGCGAGGCCGAGGCCAAGUCCCGCGAAGCCGCCGCCCUCCAGGCCGAGGCCGAGGCCAAGCAGCGCGACUCCGAGGCCCAGUCGGCCGCCGAGCAGGCGCGCCAGUCGGAGGAGCAGGCCAAGGCCGAGGAGGCCGAGGCCCGCGCCCGCGAGGACGAGCUGCAGGCGGCCAAGGCCGAGCUCGAGGCCGCCCUGGCCGAGCUCAAGGCCCAGGAGGACGCCUUCAACGGCCGCACCGAGGAACUCAAGCGCCUGUCCGAGGAGGGCAGCCUCGUGUCGCGCAACCGGGCCAAGAACGAGCUCGCCCAGCACCUGUCGUCGGACCCGCUGCCGCUGCGUCGGGCCAAGAUCACGCAGGAGGCCGCCGUGAAGAAGGCCGACCGCGCCGCUCAGGUGGCCAAGGCCGCCGCCGACAAGGCCAGCACGGCGCGCACCGUGGCCGAGGAGGCCCGCCAGGCCGCCGACGCGUCUGCCGACCAGGCCUCGCAGGCCCGCGCAGCCGCCGAGGAGGCCUCGCGCCAGUCGUCUCAGGCCCGCGCCGCCGCCGAACAGGCCGCCGAGGAGGCCACGCAGGCCAGGCACCAGGCCGAGCAGGCUCGCGCCCAGGCCGAAGAGUCGGCCCGCCAGGCUUCGGCCGCCCGCGCCGCUGCCGAGCAGGCCGCUGCUGAGGCCACCCAGGCCCGCGCUGCGGCUGAGCAGGCCGCUGUCCAGGCCACCGAGGCCCGCGCCCAGGCCGAGGAGUCGGCCCGCCAGGCGUCCGAGGCCCGAGCGGCUGCCGAGGAGGCGGCGCGCCAGGCCACCGAGGCCCGCGCCGAGGCCGAGCAGGCCCGAGCGAGGUCUGAGGAGGCCAAGGCGGCGGCCGAGGCCGCUGUAGAGGAGGCGCGUGCGCGCCUGGCCGAGGCUGAGGUCUACCUGGAGGAGGCCAAGCAGAGGCUGCCCAAGGGCGCCACGUGGUGGCUGGAGCGCGAGCUGCACGAGCGUCGGGCUUACCUGCCCGCCAGCAAGGGCGGCUACAAGAAGGGCACCCACUAG